GACUGCGGGCACCGAGUCGUCUGGCAAGACUGCGGGCACCGAGUCGUCUGGCAAGACUGCGGGGCACCGAGUCAACUGGCAAGACUGCGGGCAAACACCGAGUCAAACUGGCGGAACAGCGGGCACCGAGUCGUCUGGCAAGACAGUGGGCUCCGAGUCAACAGGCACGACAGUGGGCACCGGGUCAUCUGGCAAGAUAUCGGAUUGUCUGGCUCGACAGCGGGCAUCGGGUCACCAGGCAUCAGGUCAUUUGGCUUGCCAGCGGGCACCGCGUCAUCUGGCAAGGCAGUGGGCACCGGGUCACCAGGUAUGACAGCGGGCUCUGAGUCAAUUGGCACGACAGCGGGCACUGGAUCAGGUACCGGAUCAUCUGGAUCAACAGCGGGCAUCGAGUCAACUGGC